AUGACGGAGGAGGGCCGUGCCUGGUCGAUCGCGCGCAGGCUUCCGCCACCAUCACGACAAUUCCAACGGUGUCCGUCUCCGAGUCGCACCGUCCCGCACGAAGAACUAGCAUGCCGGCGGUGCACACUGCAGGCUGCCCAAGCUAGCCUUAUUGCGCUAUCCUGGUUGGAAGUAGCUCGGGCGCUGUUAGUCGUCAUUGGCCCCUAUGAUCAGGAUGGCGAGGAGGGGGCGGGGACGAUCUGGCAUGAGCAGCGCAUUGAUUGUAUCACGACCCACGGCCAGUCUUCUGCUCCGUCCACACGCUAUUUCAGCCCGCCGUCGAGCAUGGGCAACACCACCUCCUCCUCCAACCCCGCGUCCCAGCACAACCACUCCCAGUCCCCCGUCCGCCGUGGCAGCCCCGCUCGUCCGCCCUCGUCCACCUCCUCCCACCGCGUCCACCCCUCCCUUCGCACAAAGAAAAAGUCCCUCGAGCUGCCCGACCUGGCGUCCCUCGCACUCACCCCCUCCUCCUCGUCUCCCGCCUCCGUCUCGCCCCAUGGCGCACACCGCCGGCCACGCGCCUCCUCGCCCAUCCCUAUUCCUAUAUCGGCCCAGCCCACGCCCCAGACCUUCCGCCCCCAGAACAACCUCCCCUCCGCCGCCCACCUCGCGCUGAACAACUACAAUCGCGACCCAUCCACCUUCAAUGUCCCCCGCGGAAGGUACAGGUCCUCCUACUUGCCAAGCGCCAACCCCUCCACGCGCUCCUUUAUGUCAAGGGUCCAGGACACCUCCCCUGUCCGCGAGGAACUCCCCAGACCGCGGUUCGUCCCCGAGGUCGUCCACAGCACUCUCCCUCUCGCCCUCAUCAAGGCCGAAGAAGACGCGACCAACCCCGAGCCUGUAUCCGUCAAGAUCGUCUGGCAUGGCGGGGGCAGGUCCGUCGUUCUCGCACGUGCGGGGGACGACAACUGGCAGGGAAGGCAGCCCAUGGAUUUCGACUCGACCACCGGCUACUGGUCCACUUAUGUCUCGCUGCUCCCCGGGACCCACCACCUCAAAUUCAUCGUUGAUGACCAGUGGCGCAUCGCAGACGAUCUGCCUACCGCGGCCGAUGACCGUGAUGGAUCGCUGGCCAACUAUGUCGCCGUCACGUCUCCGAUGACCGCAUCGCCCCAGAUGGCCACUGCCCCAGCGGCGACCUCCGUCUCGCCCCUGCAGAGCCCUCAUUAUGUUCACCCCGCGCACAUCAACAGCUUCUUCAGCGACGCCAGCAGCACCGCCGGCAGUAUCAACGAUGUCGAAGACGCCAAGGAGCCGGGCCGGGGCAAGGAGCCGCGCUGGACGUCCGAUAUCCCGCUCGAGCUCGUCGCCGCCGCAGCCGAAGAGGAGGCGUAUCUCGCCUCCACGGACUCGCACGACAUGCCGUCGAGCUCCUCUGCCUCUGCGUUCGGCGGGAUCCCUGCACCGAACAUCCCGCCCGCGCCCGUCCUGCCGCGGCACCUCGACAAGCUCAUCCUGAACGUGCGCCCUGCGAACGCACCGGGCUCCCCGGGGCCGACAGAACGCGAGCGGUCGCGCCGGUCGGGCAAGGAGCGGUCCCGGCGCGAGCGCGACAGGGAGGGCCGCCCGCGCCCGUCGGCCCUCGGUAUGACGUCGAGCACGUCGGCGGACUUUGCGGAGGGCGAGCACCCGGCGCAGCAGCUCGGGCUGCCCAUCGUCACCGCAUCCGGGACAGACGUCACGGCUGGGGCGGUGCCGUCGUCGCCCCUGCCGGAGGGCGCGGCGAAGACGAACGGCGGGGUGGGCAAGCUGGAGGUGGCGGGGCUCGCGGACGACAACAGCGUGCUGCCCGUGCCGUCGCACGUUGUGCUGCACCAUCUGAGCACGAGCGCGAUUCGGAACGGGGUGCUGGCGGUGGCGAACACGACAAGGUACCGGAAGAAGUACAUCACGACGAUCUACUACAAGCCCACAUAG